CAGAACCCUGGAGUCAGCCUGGGAAUACAAACAGAGGGCUGGUGUGGCCAAAACAGGCUCCAAAACAAGAUGUGAAACCAGGCCCCGACCAUCCCAAAGUUCCACAGCAGUCUGAAGGAAUCUGAAAACAGGAUAAAGCGGAUAAUCCAAAACAGCUGUGAAAUCUGAACCCUGAAUCAGUCUGUAAUUAGAUACAGAGAGAAAACACUGAGUCUGGUAAGCUGGUGCAAAAGCGGAUGUAAAAUCUGGACUCGCACCAGCCUUCAACACUUCCUAAUAGAAUUUAAAACCAGAACACUGAUCUACACUCAGUGCGGUUUCACCGUCCUGCAUAGUGUCUGUUUGCACAGGUCGUAUGUUUCACAGAGAGGAGGAUUAUGGGUCUUCAGCCAUCAAGUUCAUUGCCAAAACUGACCCCUGUCUUCUCCUGGGCUAAAGGGCCAAAGGCAGCAUAGCACCACCAUCAGUCUGGAAUCUGCAGCAGGUUCUCCAGGACGCUUCAAGACCGGAAACCAAACCCAUGACGCAGCUCGCUGUGUGUUUACAGCGUUCACUCUGCUGCUAAAAACCAGAAACCUUCAACAAGCAGCGACAUGUCGCUCUUCCUCUGACACAUGUGCUGGACCCAGAACCGGCUUUGAAUAACUGACAGGCACUCCCAGCUCACACUAAACACUCGCGUAAAUCGAAUAAAAACAGAAUUAUGUUUGCUGAUUGAAAAUAAGAAAACAUGAACACAAACUGUGAGUCACGGGACAUUUACGAGUCGACUCUGAUCUGUGUUACACACAAAGCCUGACUCAAAGCCGUAAAGCUUGCUGGUUAACCUUUAGCUGCUUUUACCUGCUGGUUCUGGUUUGUGUGUCUGACUUAGUGUAUUUCCAGCAGUUGCUGUUUUCUGAUGAACAGUGUCGCACGCAACAGAUCCACUCAGAGCAGAGCUCUUUCCAAUAAAGAUCUCUGGAAAAAUGAAAACUUCCUGGUAAAAAUAGGUGUGUGUUUUUGACUUGCAAAUGAGGAACGGUGCUGCAUGCAGGACGUCAGCACAGCAGCAACCACCAGCUUCCUCCACCGCCCUCCCUCUCUCUGUGUGGCCUGGCCUUCCUCAUAUAAACUGUGCAGAAGGAAGUCAUAAAGGGUUUCUCACAGAUUCACCGUGAAGACGCGCAGACAGGACAGUGCUGCAGUGACCUUUUAGAGGUGAAAAGCGUGCCGCUGAUGUGUGACGCAGGAGUGUAAGGGGGACAUUACACUAAAGAUGUGCGACGUUCAGACGACCACAGGACGUUUCUCCACAUCCACACAGUGCGUGGCGUAGAGUCGCCGCCCCAUCAUAGCCUCAUUCUUCCUAAUCACAGCAGUUCCUGUGGUGACCGUCUCUGUUUUAACCGCCGUCUAACCCGGGUUGGUCUUUCCAGACCCGGAAACAUGGCAGCUUCGUCCUUCAACCAGUCCAGAAGCAACAGUAACUCCAGCUGUUAUGAAGACAUCCAGGACACUUCAGCCCACAUCUUCUUCAUGGUGAUCUACACCCUGGUGUUUCUAGUCGGUUUGUUCCUCAACGGUUUCACCCUGAACGUUUACUUCUUCAGGGGUCAGCGCCACGCGUCCAGCGUCACCAUCUUCCUGAAGAACCUGGCAGCGGCCGACUUCCUCAUCAGCCUCUGCCUCCCUUUGCGAAUUAUGAAGUAUGCCAACAUUAAAUCUGAGAUCAUCCGCAAGGUCUACUGCAACUUCGGCGCCUCCGCCUUCUACCUGAACAUGUACGCCAGCAUCACGUUCAUGGGCUUCAUCGCCGCUAACAGGUACCUGAAGAUCGUCCACCCUUUGGGAAAUCACAUGCUGCAGACAGUACGAGGUGCUAAGAUAAUAUCCAUUGUAACCUGGGUCUUCCUCAUCACUGUGACGAGCUCCUACAUCCUGGUCUCUCUUAUAACAGAAAACUCGGUAUUUGAAACACUAACAAAAGUGAGCUGUGAUGAGAUGCACAGUAAAGAGCUCAGCGUGCUUUACAAAAUCAUCCACGUCUUCUCGGCCACCAUCUUCGUGACCGUCCUCGUCUGCCUGGUUGUCUUCUACUACAAAACCUCUCGCAAGCUUUCAGUGGCGCAGGAGAAGCAGCCUGCAUCUACUGGGUCCAAGAAGCUCGCCAGAUCGCGCAGAAACAUGCUGGUGCUGGUCAGCGUCUUCUGCGUCUGCUUUGUCCCCUACCACCUGGUUCGCCUUCCUUACGCCUACACAUCCAAGACCAACAACUGUUCGUGGAGACAGGUGUUCUUCUACGUGAAGGAAAUGGCGGUCUUUGUGUCCGUUCUCAAUGUUUGUCUGGACCCGCUCAUCUACUUCAUCUUCUGCAAGGCCUUCCGGGCCAGGUUGAGCCUCAGGAACAUGCAAACCACUACAGAGGUGUCAACGGUCGCAGCGAACGGAGAGAGGAGGAGCAGCGAUACGCAGAGCUCCAUCAAAAGGAAGCUAUCGCUCACCCCAACGACAAGGACCAGCGUGCUGUAGCUUUAAGCUAACACACGAACAACUGUGAUGAAUGUGAGCUUUAAAAACUGCGACUAUAUGCCAAAGCUGCGACUAUAUGCCAAAGCUGCCUGCUGGGACCAGCCAUUUCAGGAUGCUGGGUGGUACCACGUCGGGCUUUUCAAAGACCUACACUGAAAUGUUUCUGUUUGCUAUCAAACAGUCAAAGGCCUAAAUAUUAAGAAAAGUCAUGUCAGUACACUGAAGUAUUUUUUUUGUAGAUGCAGAAUUUCAUCACUUAGUAACUAUUUAUCAUCUAUCUUCUGUUUUAAGUCUGUGACUGUAAAAAAUCCCUGAUGGCCGGCUAAACUACAAGCCAACAUAUCUCAACAUAUCUCAGAGGUUUUGACAUUUUAUCACCUCUUCCUGCACUGAUGUACCUUUAAAACGUCCGAAUCAGCCUCUUUUCAAACUCAUUUACAGGAAGCAGUCCGAUUUGGUCUCAGGUGAACUGGACCAGUAAAACCACUGCAUAAAAACCUAUGUGUUUGAAAAAGUGUAAAUAUGUACAUUCUGUUAUUGUUCACUUAAACCAGAGCCACAAUCUGUAUGUAAACGACUCUGUAUAUAAAUAAAUGUAAUACAUUUAUCACACUGAAA